UUCAUGCUCCAGUAGACACAUGCGACCCUUUCUCUGUAGAAUCAACAACCCCAUCCCUUCCCUCAUGCAGAAGCCGACACACAAGCAGAGAGGACUUAGAUGAGGACCACACACGUACAGAUGCCGGGCCACCUCCUCACGGACUGGUGCCUGAACGGCUACAACUAAGACCUGCCACAAAUCACGAUCAGUCACUCUCCCCACAAACUAAGAAAGCCCAACCGGACAACCGCAAAAACAACUGCCAUAUAGAUGGCGGGCCCUCUCCUCAUCACCACGCACCAGCCGGGCAGUGCCUUGACCGGCCAGAUUUUCAGCUUCCCACUUCACCAGUUAGAAAUGAGAAUUAUGAGAGCUUGGAUGCACAUGGAACUGGUACUAGUAGGACCGACCAAUCAUCUACCGCUGACCAUUCUGGUUCACCGAUCCCAGGCAGAGCCUUACCUAUCGGGAAUGAGCUGAGGAAAAGUAAUAGAAUCAGGCAACUUCCUAAGCACCUUGCUGAAUUUGAUACCGAUUUGCCACCAUCCAUUGACCAUUCUCGGUCAACUACCGGUUCUGCCGACUCAGUGGUUUACCCACUUUCUAAUUUCAUCAAUUAUGACAGAUUUUCUACUAAUCAUAAGGCUUUUUUGACGGCCAUCACUUCCCGUGAUGAGCCAAAGCGAUUUUCACAGGCAGUUCAAGAUCCAUUAUGGCGUGAAGCCAUGCAAAAGGAAAUUCAUGCUUUAGAAGAAAAUGGUACAUGGACCCUCAUUCACUUACCACCGGGAAAGAAGGCGGUUGACUCUAAAUGGGUCUAUAAAAUCAAGUAUAAACCAAAUGGCGACGUAGAACGUUACAAAGCUCGAUUAGUUGCCAAGGGCUUUACCCAAGUUGAAGGAAUUGAUUUUCACGAGACUUUUGCCCCAGUUGCCAAACUCGUCACUGUACGAUGUUUAUUGGCCGUUGCAGCAAAACAUAAUUGGGAGGUGCAUCAAUUAGAUGUUAAUAAUGCAUUUCUUCACGGAGACCUAAAUGAGGAUGUUUAUAUGCGUGUGCCACAAGGGUUUGCAAAAAAUGGAGACACACGCGUUUGCAAGUUACAAAAAUCCUUAUACGGAUUACGUCAGGCCUCCCGCAACUGGUACCAUAAAUUCACUCAAGCCCUCAUUGGGACAGGUUUUCGUCAGUCUCGAGCUGAUCACUCUUUGUUCAUCUUUCGCCAAGGAAACAUCAACACAUUUGCUCUUAUUUACGUUGAUGACGUCCUACUGGUCGGAAAUGACGUCUCUCAUAUUUCUACUGUUAAAAAUUACCUGGACAUCAAGUUUAGCAUCAAAGACUUGGGAAAAUUAAAAUAUUUCCUUGGCAUUGAAGUUGCACGUUCUCCGGAAGGAUUUGUCCUAAGUCAGCGAAAAUACACUCUUGACAUCUUGGAGGAAUGUGGUUUCUUAGCCAGUCGACCUAGUUCAUUUCCCAUGGAGCAAAAUCUAAAACUUUGUCCCGACGAUGAUAGUCCACAUGUGGAUGCUUCUUCCUAUAGGCGACUGAUUGGUCGUCUGCUAUACCUUACAGUCACUCGGCCAGAUAUUGUUUACUCUGUCAGUCAGCUCAGUCAAUUUCUCCAUAACCCCCGACAGACUCAUCUGGAUGCUGCCAGUCGUGUCCUACGCUACUUAAAACAAACACCUGGUCAGGGCAUAUUUUUAUCUUCUAAUAAUGACUUCACACUCAAAGGCUAUUGUGAUGCAGACUGGGCCGGUUGCUCAUUCACCCGCCGCUCAAGUACUGGAUAUUUUAUCACUCUUGGCACUUCACCCAUAUCUUGGCGGACAAAGAAACAAUCUGUUGUAUCUCGUUCUUCUGCCGAAGCAGAAUAUCGCGCUAUGGCCGUCACAGUUAGUGAAAUCUUAUGGUUGCGGUGGUUGCUUCGAGAUCUUACAAUUAACCUCACGGGCCCCACUCCUCUCUAUUGUGACAAUCAAGCCGCAAGACACAUUGCACUUAAUCCAGUAUUUCAUGAACGUACCAAGCAUGUAGAGAUGGAUUGUUAUUUUGUUAGGGAAAGAGUUGUUAGUAACGAAAUUCAGCCAUGUUGCAUCUCCACGACAAAUCAAGUGGCAGACAUCUUUACAAAAGCACUCGGGACUGAUCGUUUUCAAUUUCUACGGAGCAAGUUGGGUGUUCGUAACCUUCACACUCCACCUUGAGGGGGAGUAUUGAAAUAUAUUAGGCCACAUGCAUUUGUCACCUCAUUGAGACACACUCCUACGUGAAUCAUAUUUCUCCAUAUGCAUGAAUAUUGCAUGGGCCAUAUUUUGAGAUAUCCUUCUCUCUCUUAUCACACACUAUCUUUUGUUGUAAUAUAAGUAUGCAUGCAUACGUACGAACUUGGAAGAAUGUAAGAGGAGAAUUUCUCCUAAUGUUCAUCAAUAUAAAUUACUCAUUUGAUAUUUAUUCUCAAUUUUAACAGUAAGUGUUCCAAAAUGUUUAGCUUUAACUCUAGAUUGUUGUUCUAAUGGGUAUCAUUGUCAAUUUGUCAUGACACCUAAGAUAUGAUUAAAAUCUCAGGUGGCUUCUGAUAUGGUGAUGAAUGAGUUAAUGAGCAUUCGGUCAAGCAGCAAGAUAAUCGUCUCUAGUUAUGUGAAUGGGGGUGGACCGCCGCUGACAACCGAGAAACUCGGAGACCUCAUUAUAAAGCUACAGUCCACCGGUGCAGACGUUAUCAAACUCGUCAUUGAUGUUUCUUACAUCACAGAUGUUGCCCCUGUUUUCCAUAUGCUUACGCAUUGUCAGGUUCCACUGAUUGUAAGGGCUGUUGGAGAUAGAGGACUUAUUAGUCAACUACUUGGCCCCAAAUAUGGCGCUUUCUUUGUUUGUGGAUCCUUGAAUGACAAGUCUACCCCUGGUCUUCCCCCUCUCAACAGCAUCAAGCAAAUCUAUCAACUUGAACAUAUGAAUGCAGACACAAGAAUAUUUGGAGUUGUUUCUAACCCUGUGGGACAUAGUAAAGGCCCUCUCCUACACAACCCUGCUUUUAGGCACACUGGGUACAACGGAAUAUAUGUGCCUUUGCUUGUAGAUAACCUUAAGGAAUUCUUUAGGGUCUAUUCUUGCACGGACUUUGCUGGUUUCAGUGUUGGAAUCCCACACAAGGAAGCAGCGGUAGAGUGCUGCGAUGAAGUUGAUUCCCUUGCUAAGACAGUCCAUAGGUGCUGUAAAUACAAUAAUCAGGAGGCCUAUUGAUGGGAAGCUCAUUGGUUAUAAUACUGAUUGUGAGGCUGGUAUAACAGCAAUUGAAGAUGCGCUCAGAGAGAGGCAAAGGACAAAUGGUCAUGCAUCAUAUAAUUCUCCUAUGGCUGGGAAAUUAUUUGUGCUGGUUGGAGCUGGGGGUGCAGGGAGAGCUAUGGCUUUUGGCGCCAAAAGCCGAGGAGCAAGGGUUGUGAUCUUCAACCGCAAAUAUGACCGAGCGAAAGCCCUUGCCAAGGCAGUAUCUGGUGAAGCACAUCCAUAUGAACGCAUUAAUGAGUUCUUCCCAGAGAAAGGGAUGAUAUUAGCUAAUGCUUCUGCCAUUGGGAUGCAGCCCAGAAUAGAUGAAACCCCUGUUUGCAAAGAGGCAUUGAAAUCAUAUGAUCUGGUGUUUGACGCGGUGUACACGCCAAGGAACACACGUCUAUUGCAAGAGGCAGCAGAGGUCGGAGCUACUGUGGUGAGUGGGGUUGAAAUGUUCAUCAGGCAGGCUGUUGGGCAGUUUAAAUUGUUCACUGAUGGAUUAGCACCAGAGGACUUCAUGCGCAAGAUUGUAUUGGAACAAUUUUGAUAUAUAGUUAGAACACGAGAAAAAGUGUCGUCUUUUUUCCAGACCGAUCAUCAUCAUCAUCAAUCACCAUGAUAGAGUGAGACAGAUUUUGUUGAUAAUGGCUUGGUUUUCUUUGUGGUUAUGGUCUACAUAUACCAUCUUCAGUAUCAGCAUUCAGAAGAGAGAAGAGUAGAGGAUAAUAAGUAUUGUAUAAUAAUGCAGGCUAAGUAUGAGGUUGUUAACCACACAGCGGAUAAGAAGAGCCGUGUUUGUAAAUAUAAAUAUCUCUUGUAAUAUAAAACUGUUGUGAUAUCAAGGAAUAUUGCUUUUUAUUGUAUGGGUCAAAAAAAGAGAAUGGCAAUGUUUUUGGUUAUUCCGUGUGAACUUAAUGGCAAAACUCAU